GUUAAGCCAGGGACGGGAAGGGCAGGAAAGGAAAGCAGAGCGACGACCGACCGACCGACCGACCAAUUUCUGCAAAUCUGAGUGAGAGAUGGGGAAGCCCUUAGGACCCACCGGCGAGUUUUUCCGACGAAGGGAUGAGUGGAGGAAACAUCCCAUGCUCACUAAUCAGUUCCGGCAGGCCACUCCUGGCCUCGGAAUAGCCCUCGUGGCCUUCGGCAUCUACGUCGUUGGUGAAAUGGCCUACAACAAGAUCUAUGCUCCACCUCCUCCCUCUCACUCUUCUUCUCACCCUCACUGAUGAUAUCCAUCACAGGCGCUGCGGUGAAGAAUGAUGAUGAUAAUGAUGCAGAUUGUUUCUUGUUUACUUUGAUGUUUAUCUCUUGAAUAAAUAGACAAGGAUUUUGUGGAAUUGUAACAAAACACUAUAAUUGUUGUUUUAUGAUGCCAAUCUUAUGUUUGUUGUUGUGUUA